AUGGUGACCAGAUGGCCGAGUUUAAACAUCUAUGUCGUUCGAUUGGCCGGAAAUUCAUUGAUGAACCAACAUAAGCCGGUAAAACGAGCAUCUCAAGGUCGUGUAACAAAGUCCAUGUUCUUUACUAGAUCUAUUGGUACAUCUAGCACGUGUUUCAAUAACGAUAAAAUGCCUGGAACUCUCCAUCAAAAUUUGUGGGAAUCUGACCCAGAGUUGUUUAAACUUAUAAAAAAGGAAAAACAACGACAGAAAAGUGGAUUGGAGUUGAUUGCCAGUGAAAACUUUACAUCUUUGAGUGUCCUUCAGUGUUUGAGUUCAUGCUUGCACAAUAAAUACAGCGAAGGGCUUCCUGGUCAACGAUACUAUGGAGGAAAUGAAUUUAUUGACGAAAUCGAACUGUUGGCUCAAAAACGAGCUCUUGAAGCAUUUAAUUUGGAUCCUGAAAAGUGGGGUUGCAAUGUUCAACCUUACUCUGGUAGUCCAGCAAACUUUGCUGUAUAUACAGGAUUGAUUGAACCUCACGGUAGAAUAAUGGGUCUUGAUCUACCUGAUGGUGGUCAUCUUACUCAUGGAUUUUUUACUCCAACAAAAAAAAUUUCUGCUACAUCGAUAUUCUUCGAGUCUAUGCCUUACAAAGUGGAUCCAUCCACGGGAUUGAUUGACUAUGAAAAAUUGGCCGAGCAUGCAAAACUCUUUAAACCUAAAAUAAUAAUCGCCGGAGUUUCGUGCUACAGUAGAUGCUUGAACUACAAAAAAUUCCGUGAAAUAGCUGAUGAAAAUGGAGCUUAUUUAUUCAGUGACAUGGCCCAUAUUUCUGGUCUAGUGGCAGCUGGAGUGAUACCGAGUCCUUUUGAGUACAGCGACGUGGUUUCGACGACAACUCACAAAACUCUACGCGGUCCCCGAGCUGGUGUUAUUUUCUUCCGUAAAGGCUUGAGAAGUGUUGGCAAAAACGGGGAGAAGAUAAUGUACGAUUUUGAAAGUAAAAUUAACCAAGCAGUGUUCCCAGGAUUACAGGGUGGUCCCCACAACCAUGCUAUUGCCGGUAUUGCAACAGCAAUGAAACAAGCGAAUACACCGGAAUUUGUUAACUACCAAAAGCAAGUUAUUGCCAAUGCACAGCAGCUAUGCAAGAGCUUACAAUCUUUCGGGUACAAAAUUAGCACUGACGGUACUGAUGUCCACCUGUUACUCGUUGAUUUAAGGAACACAGGAAUAACUGGAUCCAAAGCUGAGCGUAUUUUAGAAGACAUUUCUAUUGCAUGUAAUAAAAAUACCGUUCCCGGUGACAAGAGUGCUUUUAAUCCAAGUGGAAUUAGAUUAGGUACUCCAGCACUUACUACUCGUGGAUUGAAAGAAGAAAACUUUGAAGCUGUAGCUGAAUUUAUUCAUCGUGGCUUACAGUUAUCCAAAGAAGUUACGGCUAAAUCUGGACCCAAGCUUGUUGAUUUUAAAUCAGUAUUGGAGAAUGAUUCGGAAAUAAAAGUCAAGGUCUCUGCGCUUCGUCAUGAAGUUGAGAAAUACGCUAAUAAAUUUCCGAUGCCUGGGUUAGAAGAAUACUAA